GAGCCUUCGCUGUUGACGUUUCAUCCAGAAACACCUGACCUGCUGCAGCCGGACUCCUCCACUGACUUCUGAUCCUCCUCCUCCUCCUCCACCUCCUCCUCCUCCUCCUCCGCCGGGUACCGGGUACCAGCCACCGUCCACCGGCCAUGACGCUGCGGGGCUUCUUCGUGGGAGGAAACUGGAAGAUGAACGGGACCAAGGAGAGUCUGGGAGAACUCAUCAGCACCCUGAACACGGCCAACCUGCACGACCAGACCGAGGUUGUGUGCGCUGCUCCCUCCAUCUACCUGGACUGGGUUCGCUCCGGUCUGGACCCUCGGAUCGGGGUCGCGGCCCAGAACUGCUACAAGGUCCCGAAGGGGGCGUUCACAGGGGAGAUCAGCCCGGCCAUGAUUAAGGACUGUGGUGCAGACUGGGUCGUCCUGGGACACUCGGAGCGUCGCCACGUUUUUGGAGAAAGUGACGAGCUGAUUGGGCAGAAGGUGGCUCACGCUCUGGAGAACGAUCUGGGGGUGAUCGCCUGCAUCGGGGAGAAGCUGGAGGAGCGUGAGGCCGGCACCACCGAAGAAGUCGUGUACGCUCAGACGCAGGUCAUUGCAGAGAACGUGAAGGACUGGGGGAGGGUGGUGCUGGCGUAUGAGCCGGUCUGGGCCAUCGGUACCGGGAGGACAGCCUCACCUGAGCAGGCGCAGGAAGUCCACGAGAAGCUGAGGGCGUGGCUCAGGGCCAACGUGUCGGACGACGUGGCCGACUCUGUUCGCAUAAUCUACGGAGGUUCGGUCACGGGAGCGAACUGCAGGGAGCUGGCGUCUCAGGGCGACGUCGACGGCUUCCUGGUGGGCGGAGCCUCUCUGAAGCCCGAGUUCGUCGACAUCGUCAACGCUCGAGCUUAACGGGAAAAGAGAAUCGCCCACGAGCUCCGGCCUGUAGAUCUGAGUCACCGUGCGUCUGCACACUGGGCCGACUGACGCACACAACCUCAUUCAUUUAAUAUAUGUAGAAUAAGUAAAUAUCAUCUCUCUUUUUGUUCUUCUGCUGGAACGUCUGCAAAUAUUCUAGUUCUUCUUUGCACCGACUCGUUAAAUACCUUCACAUUUAUUUCCCGUGAGACAGAAAGCAGCUUUAAAAUGUUGGUUAAUGUUGUUAAUUGGAGUUAUUUCCAGCAGAGUCAGUCAGCCCAGGAUGUUUAAUGUGUUCACUAACAGACUGAAAUCACUUUCCUGCACUAACUGUUCCCGUAGAGUCUGUAAAAAUUAAAAGUGUUUAAAUGUGUAACGUGGAAAUAGAGACAUUUAUGUAUAGUUUAACUCUUGGGACCAGUGAAGAGAUCAGGGACACGUUGUAAGAAGAGAACGAAUAAAACGUGAUAAAAAUAAAAUCAUUUUGUGUAUUUUA